AUGGUCGCAGAGGCCAAGUUACAAGUCACCAUGGCAUGGCCAAUGAUGGCGGCCAAUCUCCUGCAGAACCUCAUGACGCUCAUUCCGCUCGCCUUCGUGGGUCGCCUGGGCCCUCUCCCUCUCGCCGCCGCGUCUAUCGCCACGUCCUUCGCGAACGUCACGGGCCACAUCCUGCUCCAAGGGCUGGCGAGCGGGCUAGAGACGCUGUGCGGGCAGGCGUUCGGGGCGGGGUGUCCGCUGCAGCUGGGGCUGCACCUGCAGCGCGCGCUGCUGUGCAUGACGCUCGUCGCCACGCCCGUGGGCGUGCUCUGGUGGUUCACGGAGCCGCUGCUGCUGCUGCUGCACCAGUCCCCGGAUAUUGCUGCUCUGGGCGCUGUGUAUAUCCGCUGGCUGCUGCCGAGCCUCGCUGCUGCUGUUGUCAUGCAGUGCUUGGAAAGGUACCUGCAAGCCCAGUCAGUAACCUUCCCCAUGGCCGCCUGUGCGCUCGCAGCCGUACUCCUGCAGUUCCCCCUCACCUUCCUCCUCGUACACACUCUCCACUGGGGCCUACAAGGGGCCGCCAUAGCUGUCUCUCUGGCCUAUAUGCUGGACCUGCUGCUGCUGCUGGUCUACAUUCGCUGCACCGGCGUGGCCAAGGCUGCGUGGGGCGGGUAUAGUAUGGAGGCGUUCUGCGGGUGGGAGCCGUUUCUGCAGCUCGCCCUGCCGUCUGCUGUCAUGCUGUGCCUUGAGUAUUGGAGCUUCGAUAUAGUCACGCUUCUGGCCGGCCUCUUGCCUAACCCUGACAUCCAAGUAGCCGGCCUCUCUGUUGUUCUCAACACAUCAGUGAUGGCGUUUGUGCUGCCAUAUGGCUUUGGCGUGGCUGUCAGCACGCGAGUGGCCAAUGAGCUGGGGGCAGGAGACGAGAUAGCUGCCCAGCGAGCCGCCACAGUGGGAGUGCUGUGGGCGUUUUUCGAGGCCACGCUAGUCUCCUCGGCUCUGCUCACAGUCCGCUCCUCCUGGGGCUGUGUGUUUAGCACAUCCCCUGAAGUUGUCGCCUUUGUUGCUGCCAUCAUGCCUCUGCUUGUCGCAUCUGUCGUCACUGAUGCGGUCAAUGCUGUUUUGUCAGGCAUUGUGCGUGGUUCAGGCUAUCAGCAAGUGGCUCUCGUUGCCAAUCUUGCAGCGUAUUACCUCUUUGGUCUCCCACUUGCUGCCCUACUCGCGUUCUACCUCAAGUUGGGAAGUGUGGGUCUGUGGUCAGGGCUGACAAUUGGCACAUGCGUGCAGCUAAUCAGUAUUGCAGUCAUCAUGGCAAGAAUGGACUGGUCGCAAGCGGUACGGCCUUGCAUGUGUUUCGUUUUCCCAAGUUCCGCGCACACCAUGCUGGACAUUGCCCUGAACCUGAUGAUUCUGCCCAUGGCUCUGUUUCACAUUAUACUCAUUUAA